AUGAAUAACACAACAGAGGUUACCCAGGACAUGCUGUUUCAGAAGCCAGUCAAAGUGCUGCUGUCUGUCCUGCCAUGUCUUUUCUUUCUGUACGUAAACGCCGUCAUGCUGUUUGCCUUGCUGAGCAAGCCUCUCCUCCUGGAGUCUCCCCGCUACAUUCUGUUUGGUCAUUUGCUCCUCGCUGACUCUCUGCAGCUCCUUGUGUCAAUCGUGCUGUACAUCCUUGCCGUGACCAUGGUCAGAAUGAUGAGCUUUGUUUGUAUUCUUAUCACAUUGCUCGGACGCAUCACUCUUAAACUAUCACCCCUCAACCUCGCUGUGAUGUCUUUGGAGAGGUAUGUUGCCAUUUGUUUUCCACUGAGGCAUGCCAAUAUUGUCACCACCAGGAUGACAGGAGUGGCCAUUGCUCUUAUGUGGACAUUUGCCUCUUUUGACUUUUUCACGCAGCUCUUGCUAUAUAUUAGUCUGGAGAGUACAGGCUUCACUGUGCUAAGGAUCUGCCACAAACACGCCUUCAAGCUACAAAUUUAUACAACUGUAAACGAGGGCAUCACCAUCGCAUGUUUUGUAUUAGUGGGCAUGAUUUCCAUCUACACAUACAUUGCUGUCAUGAUUACUGUGAAGUCAGCCUCUAGUGACCGUAACUCCAGUAAGCCCCAAAAGACAAUGCUUUUGCAUCUGAUUCAGUUAUGCCUGUGUCUCACCUCCACUCUCUCUGAUAUGAUAAACUCCGUUACCCCGUUGAAGAUAAAUCCGGCUAUCGCCGUUCACAUUCGGUAUGCUCUCUUUUUAUGUCUUAUCAUUUUCCCUAAGUGUUUGAGCCCGCUCAUAUAUGGCCUCAGAGAUCACGCCUUCAGACCUGUCUUCCUAUACUAUUUCACUUUUGGCCUCAGAACCACUGUCAAGACAUUUCCUAAGUCUUGA